AUGAAAUUUGCCAAGACUUUGGAACGUACUUUGGCAGAGGAUAUCCCCGAGGAAUGGGUAGAAGCCGCAAUCAAAUACAAAGCGUUGAAGAAAACUAUCAAUAAAGUAGUUGAUGAGUUGCAAUUUCUUGGGUUGGAACAAAACAAAUUAAAACUUAUACUUAAUGACAAGGUGGUUGAUAUUGACGAAAGAGAUGAUUCUAGCACAGGUCCACUGAAUCCAGUCAUUGCAGAGUAUACCUUGACCAAACCCUCACCUGACAGCCAUACUAUUAAACCAAUGUUGAAGAUUACUUUGGAUUUUAGUCAUGAGGAAUUGUCUAGUGACAAAAUCAAUCAAAUUUGUCAUGAAAUAAAGGAAAAAAUUGAAGGGUUGUUGAAUGAGGACGAAAGUGAAGCGGACGAGGAGAAAAUUAUAGAAUUGACUGAGGAUGAAGGUGAGUUGAAAAUCGUAUCGAGUAGAGAAGGCUCCCUUUCUCCUCCAAUGUCUCCCCAGUCCCCACACACAUCACCACCUUUGUUGGCUAGUGAAGGAGAAGGUGAAGGAGAAAGAGAAGGAGAAGUAGAAAGAGGCAAUAUUAGUGAUAGUAUGGGUGGUGCUGUUGGUGGUAAUAAUGGUGGCGAUGGGAUCCACAACAAGUUGGAUAGGUUAGUAUUGGACGACGACCACAAAAGGCGAGAAAUUUACAUCAUGUUGAAUUCUGAUAGUAAAUUCUUCAAGAUGUUGGAAGAGGAAUUGGAGGCCUUGGACACGUUACGAAAAGAAGAAGAGCUGAAGAUAAUCGAAGAAGUACAAAACGUAGCACAGGCAGUUUCGUUAAUGAAGGACAAGAAAUCUGAACUUUAUAAAUGGCGCGAGUUGUUUCGAUUAUACUUAGAUUCCGAGGUUUAUUUUAAAUACAAUGACGUUGACCACGGACAAAGAGACAGUGAUCAAAUUCAACAACACUUGACUGAAUUCAUGGACCAUGUCAACAAAACGGGAAUUCUCACCCAGUUCAAGAAGAAGCAAAGUAUUGAAGCUUACAACCAAUUUGUUCAAAUGAAUAUCCAUCUUCUCAAAAUGCUUCAAUUCCAAACGAUAAAUACUGAGGCAUUGCGCAAAAUAUUGAAAAAAUUUGAUAAGCAAACAUCAUUACACAUCCAGGACGUCUACCCCAAACUCAUAUCGUCCGACCACAUCUUUGUUAGUGGGAAGUCACUAGCUCGUUCUGUUUGUUAUAUAAUGCAAACAUCAGUGCUUGAACUUAUACCGCAAUUGGACGAUUAUUCAUGUCCUAUAUGUACAAACAUUGCCUACAAACCAAUCAGGCUUUCAUGUGGCCACCUAUUCUGUGUUCUGUGCUUAGUUAAAAUGAAGCAACGUGAACGGGUGGAUUGUCCCUUGUGCCGAAGGCAAAAUGCAGUGUUGGAGGCUGAUUCGAGUAAUUUGGAUUUGGAAGCAAUGCAAAUGAUGAAGAAAUACUUUCCAGUUGAAAUUAAGGAGAAGUUGAAGGAGAGAGAUCAGGAACGGUAUCAAGAAUUUAAAGGAAGUGAUAAGUGUGUUGUUAGUUAA